UGGGGCCCCCCUGUCUAAAGUGCCCCGGGCACCCCCAAGGCUUAAUCCGGCCCUGCGGGCAGGGAGGAUACCAGCAGUACCCAUAUUAGACUGGAAAGAACCACUGCAGUGUAGUGGCUGUCAUGUGCGAAAGUGACAGGGCGGAUAUAAGCAUGAGGGGAGUUAAGGCAGCCCGAGGAGCGACACAGCUACAGUGAACCAUCAUCAAACCAAGUAAUAGCCUCUUGCAGCAUACACAAUCAUGCGACUCUCCCUCCCAGAGCUGACUCAGUCAGCACUCAACACAGCAGCAACGACGACGCUACCCCGCAAUGACCCCCUCCAGGCCUCCGUCCAAGUAGUGUGCCAGAUAUUGGAAAGACGUUGCACGUCACAUCCUGCUGCCACCAGUAAGAUGGCGUCUGUCAGUAGAAGAGUCUUCUGGAGUGUUUCCUAUCUCCUCAGGCAAACCUUCCCAGUCGUUCCGAAAAGGUACUUUCCCAGCAUUUUAAACCGUUCCUGGCGUCAGGUGUUCUCAGUGGGAAUUGGAACAACUUUGUGUGCUGUUCCUGUUGGACAGAGGUCGGAUCCAGCACUGUCAAAUGAGUCUUUGAUAAGAAGAGCGGCUUCUUUGGUAACAGAUAGUGCACACACCUUCCUGUCACAGACUACGUAUGCACUUAUUGAAUCGCUUACAGAAUAUACUAAGGCUAUACAUAUGCUUAUCUCACUUCAGCAGAAAUACACAUCCCUUCUGGAUCAAAUGAACUCAAGUGAGGAGAGCGCCAUCUGGCAGGUGAUAAUUGGGGCACGUGUGCAGAUGAAGAUUCUGCAGGAACAGUAUCUGAAGUAUGAGGCUUGCUGGAUGCGUGCUGUGAGUCUUUCAGAGAUGGCGGCCGAAGCAGCUUACCAGGCUGGUGCAGAUCAAGCCUCUGUUAUAGUACGAAAUCACAUACAGCUGGUGCAAACACAAGUACAGGAGACACGGGAGCUUGCGCUUAAGGCAGAGGCCCUGUUGGCUGCUUCUUUGAGUGAGGAGAUCAGGAAAACAAUUACACAGGACAAGGACCAUCCCCCGGAUGGAGGCAGUCCCAUCAUCAGUCUUGAGGAUGAGGUUCCUGAAGCAUAUCUGCGUGAAGAUUGAAGUGUGUUGUUCAAUUGCUCCCUGAGCCCUGGAACAGGCUCUCCUGCUAUGAAUCAGCCAUGUACUAAUGAAUGAGACAGAGCCAAUGUUGAAGUCCCUGCUUAAAAAAAAAAAAAAGAGAAAAAGAAAUCUCUGGAAACAGAAACCAUCAAGCACAAUCAUAUAUAAAUGAUAAUCAGUAAUUAAUGUGGUGCAUAUAAUUCACUAUUAGCCGCUGCUAAGUGACCAGCAGGCGUAUCAGCAUGGCACAAAGCAGGUGGCUGUAAGUGAUGGUGCUCUUGUCUUUAGUAAUACUUCACUCAGGAGAAACACAAACGUCUCACCUUUUAUAGUGUGCUGCAGCAAAAGAGCAAGAGGAUUAAGCAUUGUGACACAGAAUUGUGUUUGAGGAAUGGACGUACCUAUAUCCAAUCCCAUACAUUCACCAUGGCCUAGCGCACUGAACAAGAAUGCACUUAAUGGUCUACGUUUCUAGAUAGGUUUUUGUUCUUCAAAAGUGCUGGUUUUGUAUUAAUUGUAUAUUCUUGUGUUACCUUAUACCCUGUUUAAUGGGGGACUUGGCAGUAGUAUAAAUUACCUGAAUGCUAACCACUGAAAACAUGUUUGCCAAUUUUAUUAAACUUAUACAAGCUGUGACCAUUCUAAUGUCACACUGCA